GCGGUAGGCGCGAAGCGUUCUUUCUUCGGCGGGCGAAGGCCUGCGCGCGCAUGCGUCGCGAGUGACGGGCGGGGGGGACGCCUCGGCGCGUGCGCGCCGGGAUCUGAGGCGCGCGGGCAGGAGCACCGCGGCUGCGCCGCGCGGGGGCCGCCGGGGCGGCGCUCGAGCGCGCGUCCGCACGGCGCACGCGUAGGAGGAGCCCGCGAGGGGCGGAGCGGAACGCUGACUGAGGCGGCCGCCGCCGCCGCCGCCAGGAACCGAACUCGGCGCCGCCGCGGCGGCUGCUGGGCCCGCACCCCGCUCGCCCGGCCAGGCAUGAUCGAGAUGGCCACCGACAAGGAGACGUUCCUCGUCCCGGCGCCGCCGCCGCCGCUGCUCAAGGCCCGGGGCGAGGAAGGGGCGCCUCAGGAGCCGCCGCCGCCGGCCGAAGACCCCCAGCGCCGGGAGGAGCCGGCCUCCGAGCAGUUCCAGCGGCCCCGCAACGGCUUCCAGGCGCCCCCGCGGGCCCCGGGCUGCGGCAAGCGGCGCAACAGCUGCCACGUCGGGGGCGCCGGCGGGGGCUUCAAGCCGCCGGCCUUCAAGCGGCGCCGCCGGGUGAACUCGGAGUGCGACCCGGUGCUGCCCUCGGAGUUCCUGCUGGGCGGCAACAUCUUCGACCCGCUGAACCUCAACAGCCUCCUGGACGAGGAGGUGAACCAGGCGCUCAACGCCGAGACGCCCAAGUCGUCGCCGCUGCCGGCCAAGGGCCGCGACCCGGUGGAGAUCCUCAUCCCCAAGGACAUCACCGACCCGCUCAGCCUCAACAACGCCCAGGAGGACCCGCCCGUGCUGGCCUCGCCGCUCAAGGCCGGGCGCAAGCGGCACCGCCACCGGGGGAGCCAGCGGGCCGUGGCGGCCUCGGAGGGGGCCGGCAAGCCCCCCGCUGCCGCCGCCGCCCCUUCCUGCAAGUCGUGCCAGAAGGCCUGCAACGGGGCCACCCCGCAGCCCUACGAACUCAACACGGCCAUCAACUGCAGGGACGAGGUGGUCUCUCCGCUGCUGAUGGAGGGCGGGGAGCAGCUGCCCGCCGCCCAGCAGGCCUCCAGGAGCGUCGCCCCCUCUUGCCCUCCCGCCGCCUCUUCAGCGAGUGCCGGGAGUCGUCACCACCACCAUCACCACCGCAAAAGGCGCAGGACUUGUAGCAAAUCCGAAGGGUCCGGGGGCAGCCGGCAACAGAGCGAGCAGUCCAGCCGGGGCAGCCCCGAGCGGGGGCCCAGCGUGCCUCCCCGCGGCUGCCACCCCCAGGCUUCGUCCGUGCAGCCUCGCCGGGCCGAGCGCAACAAGUUCCAGUACGGCAACUACUGCAAGUACUACGGCUACCGCAACCCCGACUGCGAGGACGUUCGGCUGCGGGCCAUGAAGCCGGAGUGGUUCCGAGGCCGAGAGGUGCUGGACAUCGGAUGCAACGUGGGCCACCUGACCUUGAGCGUGGCCAAGAAGUGGGGACCGGCCCGAAUGGUGGGGCUGGACAUCGACGGGGCCCUGAUCCAUUCGGCUCGCCAGAAUAUCCGCCACUACCUUUCCGAGGAGAUGCAGGAAGAGCAGCAGCGGCAGCGGCCCCAGGACAGUCGCAGCGAGGGGGAGGGGGGCACCCCAGCCAAGAAAAGCUUCCCUGCUUCUCUCAUGGCCAGCCGGGGUCCGAUUGCUGCACCCAAGGUGCCCCAGGACGGGGUCGAUGCAGCGGUCUUCCCUAACAAUGUGGUCUUUGUUAAGGGCAACUACGUCCUGGACCAGGAUGAGCUGCUGGAAGCUCAGAAGCCGGAGUACGACGUGAUCCUCUGCCUGAGCGUCACUAAGUGGGUGCAGCUCAACUGGGGCGACGAGGGGCUGAAGCGCCUCUUCAAGCGCAUCUACCGCCACCUUCGGCCCGGCGGGGUCCUGGUCCUGGAGCCCCAGGCCUGGUCUUCCUACAAGAAGAGGAAGAACCUGACGGAAACGAUAUCCAGGCACUACCACCGGAUCAAGCUGAAGCCUGACCAGUUCCCCUCCUAUCUGACCUCCUCCGAAGUGGGCUUCUCCAGCUACGAGCUGGUGGCCAUGCCCAGGAACACGUCGAAAGGAUUCCAGCGCCCCAUCUAUCUCUUCCACAAGGGCCACCCCGGAGCCCACUGAGAAGCCUUGCGGGACCAGGAGGGCAUCCCCGGCCGCCCCCCUCCUCUUUUCUCCAUGUGCCACGGCUGCUUCUCCAGGGGUGGUGGGGGUCGGACUAGCCCCCCCCCCCCGGCUGAAUGUUGGCGUCUUCACAAGGUAGAGGGCCAGCGAGGUACAAACCGGGCGAUGGAUUUUGGAGCUGCUGCCUGGCCUUACCAAAAGAGCCCUUUUUGGGGGGGGGGGCAAGAGCAGCUCUUCGGGGACCCUCCGGCAGUGCAGCCUGAUGGGGGGGGGUGCAGGAACCGUGGGGAAAAGGGGGGGGGUUGAGGCACCAGCAAAGCAGCCCUGCUCAGAAGGGGGGGGGCUUGGCUGCAAGCAGAGCUUUCCCCCCCCCCCGGGAAAAAAGGAUCUACCCAGGCUGAUUGUGCCCCUCCCCAAGUGGGGGGGGGAUAACAACUCAUUCUGCUCGAUCAAAGCCUGGGAGGGCCAAAGGGUGCCCCCCCCAGGGAGAAUGACAACAUGGCAGCUGCCGACGCCUCGUCUGGUUCCUAACUCAGCUGUAUGACCAUCUCUCCUCUGGAAGGGGGGGGGUGCUUCAUUGGUCCUGCAGCGCUGGAGGGGCUGGGGGGGCAAGAGGCCUCCCCUCUGGAGAACGAGGCUGUCUCCAGGGGGCUCAGCUGAUCUCUGUGAGGUCCCACAAGGUCCUCUGCCCAGAGCACCCCCCCUUUUUCCUUUUUUUUUUUUUUUUUGCAAUGGGGAGUAAGGGUGUAACAUCCACCAGGCCAGCUGCAACCCCCCCCAUGAAAAUGCCCCCCCUCAGCUGCCUGCUGUGUUCGGAGGGUCAAAAAGAGCCGCCCCCCAAAAAACAACCCUGUAGAAGUAAAGUGAUCUUGUUUGAACGGAGUUUUAUCUUUUAAAAAAAGUUGAUUAUAUAUAUAAAUAAAACCUACAGAUUAUUA